AUGGUCUUGAACCUUGAAGCGGGUAGGGUUUUGGUCUAUUGUCAAGGGUUUUAUGAUAUGGUUAUAUCAUUGGACAACAUGGUUGAUAGGCUUUCUGAUGUUAAGCUUCAGCCAACUAAGGAUAAGGUCGUUAAAGCCAAUGAGGUUUUAGCUGCUGGUCAUCAACCAUGCCCUAUCAUGGAAACCAUCAUUGUAACCCUUUUGUAUCUUGCCCUGCAUAGUGAGAAAAUUGAGUUGGAGGGCUGUUUUUAUGAUCUGUGUUAUUGCUGCUAUCGAUUCCUCCCAGAGGGAGUUGGUUGCUGCUGUGAGGAUGCUACUUCCCCAAAGCUGAAAUCAGGAAAAACUCCACAUCCUUGA